CCGACCCGCUCAAAAUGGCGGGCUCCACGCUGGCGACGGGGUGCGCGGCCCGGAGUUGGGGGAGCCGGCGGCGGUGGUGGUGGCCGCGGCCUGUGGCUGUUCUCGCCGCCUCCUUGGCGCUGCUCAGCUGGCUCCGCACAGCGCACGGCGGCAGCGACGGGGGGAGUUCAUUAAAUGACGACUUGUUAUUGCCAUAUCCUCCUUCCUACCAUGGUCCUCGUCACCAUCACAGGUACGUCAGAGAUUGUCAAGCUGUUGUGCAUGGCAACGUAACACAUGAAACUUGGCCCAGCAACACUAGCAUCGAACUGCCCAUGACUACGACAAGAGGAUUCGUGUCUUACUUCCCGCCAGAGGGCGUGAUGCAAAGGGAAGUCUAUGGCCACUUUACUUUUGUGAGCAACCCCCUGAGAACCUUCUCUGUGUUAGAGCCUGGCAGCUUGGGAGGUUGCAAUUCAAGCCUUCGGUCCACUGUGAUAGAAACUGCAAGACGUGGCAAGUGCCUGGUGGCCCAAAAUGGUGGCUACUUUGACAUGGUCACCGGAGAAUGCCUUGGGAACGUUGUGAGCGAUGGAAGGCUGGUGAGAAAUGCCAGGGGUGUGCAGAAUGCGCAGUUUGGCAUCAGGAAGGACGGCACCAUGGUGUUUGGUUACCUGUCGGAGGAAGAUGUUUUGGAUCAAGUGAACCCAUUUGUGCAGCUGGUGAGCGGCGUAGUCUGGCUGCUGAGAGAUGGAGAGGUGUAUGUCGAUCAGAGUAAGACAGCGGAGUGUGACAAGACUCAAGCCACAGGGACCUUUGACAAGUUCAUCAAUGUGAUAUCUGCCAGGACGGCAGUGGGACAUGACAGGCUCGGGCGACUGAUUUUGGUUCAUGUGGAUGGACAGACUGAUGUGAGGGGCCUCAAUCUCUGGGAAAUGGCCAACUUCCUAAAACAGCAGGGUGUCGUGAAUGCUAUCAAUCUGGAUGGUGGAGGGUCAGCCACUCUGGUUUUAAAUGGAACCCUUGCGAGUUACCCAUCGGAUCACUGCAAGUCCGACGCCAUGUGGCGCUGCCCUCGGAGCGUCUCGACAGUCAUGUGUAUCCACGAGCCUGCUUGCGAGGCUCCAGAUUGCAGCGGGCAUGGGCACUGCGUGCUGGGAGAAUGCCAAUGCACUGGGGACUUCUGGAGAGGACCAGAUUGCAGUGUCCUGGACUGUGGGCCUUCCAACUGCAGCCAGCAUGGCAUCUGCACUGAGUCUGGAUGCCUCUGUGAUGCUGGCUGGAUAGGCAGCAACUGCAGUGAAGUGUGUGCUAGUGGCUCCUAUGGGGAUGGCUGCACCCAGAAAUGCCUCUGUCAGAAUGGUGGAACGUGUGACUCUGUGCACGGAUCCUGCACCUGCCCUGCUGGUUACCAAGGAGCCAUCUGUCAGCAAGAGUGCCCCGUAGGCUGGUAUGGGCCAAACUGCCAGCAGCUCUGUGACUGCGAGCACGGCUGUCCUUGUGACCAGGAGACAGGCAGCUGUAAUAUCACCUACGAGGACAGCCUGCAGGACAAGUUAUCCAGAGCUGGGCACUGUCUGGCUUUCCACAUGGUUCUGGCAGGGAGUGAUGAGAAAUCCCUUCUCACAGAGAGAACCUGGAUCUGCUUCACCUCAGUCUUGGGACUGUUGCUUUUGAUCAGCAUGGUAGGAAACGUGAGGCUCGCUCUUAGGAGCUGGGCAGCGGAGCGCUGUGGAAGUGAUGACUACAUGUACCGUCCGCUGAAGGAAAUGAAUGGAGAAGCCAGUCAUACAUGCCCUUUGGAGCAGUACCAGGCAGAAGACACACAAGAUCAAAGCCAGCCAGAGACUGAAGCACUCAUUUAACUGGACAGGUGAGGAAAGACUUGAGAGAUUCUCCCCAGCUGUGGUACUGGCUCUCAGCACAGAGGACCAACCAAGGGCUGCUUCGUCCUGAAAUGAGAAGCUAGUAACUGCCGCAGAACAGCAGCAAGAAGGGGCACAAGGUGGUAUUCACAGAACACGUGACUAAGGGCUCAGCCCAGCAGCUGCCUCCCUUCUUGCCACUCCUCAGUCAGAAAUCUCUCAGUUCCCUUCAUGGGCCUGGUGCUCAGGAGCGAGAGAGGGGACAUGGGAAUCCCUGUGCAAUAGCAGCAACUGCUGCUCUACUAUGGAGAACAGGGGCCUGUAAUAACUGUGGAGGUUACAGGGGGUUGGUCAGUAUUCACUGCAUUAGUUUGUGGAUGAGGAAUUCCCUGCGCAGUAAAUUGAGCUUGAUUAAUUAGUGACAAUGAGAAGAAAACUUAAGAAAAGUCAGUGGAAGUGCAACAUGCGCUAGCCCAUGGCUUUUCUAGCUUUGGGCCAGUUCUCAGGCCAGAGCACAUUCGAUGGUUGAGCAGCAUGGUUAGAACUCAGGCACGUCUGGCUUGUUUCACUCAACCUGUGUUUCGUGCAGUUGGGCUGGAAGGCUUUUCUUUCCCCGCCGCAGCGAGGGACGUAUUAAGUUUAUGAUAGGGUCAUCAACAAGGUUAUGUGAAAAGCCUUUUGGGUCAGUCCCCAAAAGUCUCCCUCCUGAAGGGCAUGUAACUCCCACUCUUCCCUGUCAAGGGUGCAGGUUGUUGCACUGUGGCUAGAGUGGACAUGCUGCUCGGGGAAUUAGAAGUGACCCUGCUCCCCCUUUUAGUAAAGGUGAGUUUAGCUGGGGACUCACUCUCUGGCCCUGGUCCUGUGCUGCCCCCAGGACACGAAGAAUAACUCACCUAGACGGAAAAGCUUCAAGGCAACAGCGCACACAGGCUACAUAGGGGUGGAACACAGGAGUUAAAUCGUAUGCUAAUUGGGCCAGGGGCAGCAUCUAACUCCUUUGUUCUCAACUAUGUUCCAACAUGGUAGGUGCUGUAGGCUUCACUCACUGCUGUAAAAAUUGCAUUUGCCCUCUGAGUGCAGAAACUUGCUUAACAGAGAGGACUGAGGUUCUGUAGAUUUUGAAGUUGUCAAAGCCAGUAAACGUCUCAGGUGGAGGUUGGUGAUUUUACUAGGCCAAUGAGUCUUUGUAGACUAAAAGGGCUUUUCAGAAACAUGUUCAUUUGCUUCCUCUUCUUGAGGAAAGUAACUAGCUUCCAAUGUGCCACUGGCUGCUGCAAGCAUCUUGAAUAUGCACUUUGAUCAUUUUUACUGUGACUCUCCACCUAAGCAGAGUCUGUGGAGGUUUUAUGCUAUAUUUGAAGAGUCAGAUCGGUCUGUACAUUUAAGAAUUGAUUUUGCUUUUGGUGUUUUAACACUUGAAUAAACUCAAUUAGUAAGUGA